AUGGACGAAAAGUCACUCCAAGAAUUCAUGCGGUUUCAAAGAGAAUUGAUGACUCAACAGCAAAACGCGUUCAUAGAGAUCAUCACCAAACUGGAAAAGAAGGAGGAAACCAAGGACAACACCGCCGUCGUCAACUCCCUCAAUGCUCGAAUCACUCCGUUCGCCUACAACACAGAUGAAGGAGAAACUUUUGACCGAUGGUACUCAAGGUAUGAAGACAUUAUUAAGAAAGAUGGUGCUGCGCUGGAAGAUGAAGAAAUGGCCCGCUUCAUCGUGUCAAAAUUGGAGAGGAAGGAAUCCGAGCAAUUCCGAAACCACCUGCUGCCAAAAUCCCCAUCAGAAGUGAAACUCGAGGACACCAUCAAGACACUAAAAAAACUCUUCAAUGAAUCCAAAUCCAUCACCAGAAUGAGGUAUGAACUUUUGACGAUUAAAUUUGACGGAGUAGACCGGAAGGAAUACACUGGAAACAUCAAAAGAUUGUUCAACGUGGCACAGUGGAAAGAGAUGUCGGAAGAUCAAGCACAGUGUCUCCUUUGGACCAUUGGACUACAAUCCAGCCAACACACCGAAACCCGACUUCGUGCUCUUCGUGAAAUGGAAGCCAAUCCAAAGAUCACUCUGACUGAACUGCCCGAUCGACUAGACCACGUCAUCGCAAUGAAAGCCGACGCCGACUUCAUUGGAGGAGCCAAAUCCAGUGUUAACUUCAUCAAGAACAAGAAGCAACAUGUCCAGCAACCGUUCAAACCGAAACCGUCCAACCAAAAUCCUCAGAAGUCAGAUGACAAAAAGAAGCCACCACCAACACCAUGCUGUUAUUGUGGAGAUAUGCAUUGGAAUCGUGAUUGUAAGCAGAAGAAGUCGCUCGUCUGCCACCAAUGCCAUAAAACCGGUCAUGUUGCCAAAAUGUGUCGUCAGAAGAAUUCCCAAUCCAACAACGCAGUUUUCAUUGCCGAAUCAUCUGCUGGAGCCAAGAAUCGCAUCUACACUGAAGUCUUAAUUGAUGGAACACCGAUCCGUAUGGUCUUGGACACUGGAGCCGAAGUCACUCUUCUCAACAAAUCGGAUUGGGUCAAGAUGAACAAGCCGACGCUGUCACCACCAACACUCAACCUCCGUACUGCGACCAACAAACCAAUCGACGUCAAGGGACAGUUCCAGUGCAAAUUCGUGCUCAAUGGUCAAAAUGGUUCGGGAUCAUGCCACGUCACCGACACUGCAUCACUUCUUGGUAUGGAUUGGAUAUCUCAAGAUAAGUCACUUUUUGAACAUUUGGUUCGCGGAUCCAUCAAUGCUGUCAAGUCUUCCGAAGCUCCAGAAGUCAUGGCCAAGCACCGUAUCCAACUCCAGAAGCGUCUCGAGACCGAGUUCCCAGAUGUGUUCAAAGCAGGACUUGGAAGAUGCACAAAGACCAAAGCUCAACUCCACUUGAAGCCGGAUGCCAAGCCGACAUUCCGGAAAGCCAGACCAGUUCCAAUCGCAGUUCUUCCAAAAGUGAGUCAAGAGAUAAAUCGUCUAGUCGAAGAAGGUUUCAUCACUCCCACAAACUACUCCGAUUUUGCUGCUCCGAUCGUUGUCGUGCAGAAGAAGGAUGGUUCGAUUCGGAUGUGCGCCGACUACUCCACUGGCUUGAACGAUUCGCUACAGAUGCACCAACAUCCACUUCCAACGGCCGAAGAUGUCUUCUCGAAGCUGAACGGUGGCAACUACUUCACUCAAGUCGAUCUGGCCGAAGCAUAUCUGCAACUAAUCGGGACUUCCCGUGUCACCCGGUCUUCUAUCUAA